AUGGCUAUCAAAGACGCGAUUAAUAGCCUUGCACCAGCCGUUCAUACCGCCAAACAACUUGCCUCGACCUCGUCACUUGUCGAGCGUUUAUCAAACGAAUAUACACGCCUUGGUGACGAUUAUAAAAAACAUUAUAGUCUUACCAUGAGUGAUACGCGAUCAUUUGCUGAGUAUAAACAAUACAUUGAACGUCUGUCUUUAUGGUUAUCAACCACAAAUGCGAACAUUCAUGAAGUGUUACAAUCAGUUAAUAAACAACGUGCGUCAUUGAUCAUCAAAAAUCUCGAUGAGCUUGGAAAAUACAAAGCUUUGCUAGAACGUGCAACAGUAUUAAAUCAAACUAUGGCUGCUGACCUACCUGAUGAUCAUGCAGCAAGGAUGACAAGCGAAAUCACCGAUGUUAAAGAACAAUGGGCGAUUCUUAUCGAAGGAUUGAAUAUACUCAAAGAAAGACAUGCAUCGCGAUUUGCGUCACCCGAACGAACGAAAGAUGAAGAACGCUUAUCUCAGCAGAAUGAAAAUCUGGUUCAUUAUAUCGAAAGUUGGCUUACGUUAGCUAAAGAGUUGAUCCAUCAACAAGAACAGUUGAUGAUAGACAGUCCGGACAUGAUUGAUGAUGAAAAAACUUUUCACGGAUCAUUUAAUACAUCUGAUAACGAUCUGACCAAUCAUAAUCUUCUGUGUCAACUCAAAGACUGUGAACAUGAAAUUAAUCGAUUAAAAGGUUUACUCGAUGAGAAUUGUCGAUUAAAACACAAUGAUCAAAUGACAACAGGCGAAGUAACUCGUUCGUUAGCCGAUGACUUGACAGAAAUUGCAAAAUGUGUCACAACCGCACGUAUUCAGUUAGAAAAUCGUAUCGAACAACAACGCGGAUUUCUUGUCGAAUUAGAUUCAUUAAUCAACUGGUUAACUAAAUUCAUCAAUGAAUCGAAAGCGAUCGACAACCAAUCAAUUCAACUAGCUCUAAAUGAACGCAAGCAACAUUUCGAUGAAUUAAUUAAAUUCAGUCAAUUAAAUGAUCAUGGUGUUAAGGAUAAAAUUGAAAAUUUAAUACAGAUGUGGAGUCAAUUAACAGCUCAAAUUGCUGAUUCUCCAAUUAUCGAAGCAUCACUGCCAGCAGCGGCAGCAGCAACAACAACAAUAACAUCUCCAUCAUCAACGGAGCAAGAUUCUCAACAGAAACUUACUAAUGAAGCAAGAGAAUUGCUAGACAUUGUCGUUCAAUUAGGCAAUCGACAGGAAAUCGAACAACUUCAAAAUCGAAUCAAAACUUUCUUGACACAAAUCGAUCAAUCGACGACCAGUGAACAACAUCAAACAAAAUCGAAUGUGAAAUUCUAUCUCUCUGACCAAUUAUAUGAUGAAUUACUCACCCGACGAUCGAUACUAAAACAAAUGUUAAUCGAUACUGCUCGUAUUGAUCAGUUGAGUGUUAAUUUUGUCUCACAUUUCGAUACAGAAAAUAAUGAAAUUUCAAAUAUAAUCGACAACUAUCCCAAAGCAAUGACAACGCAGAUGUGUCAAUGGCUAACCGAACAACAGAACAUUCGGCUCACAGCACCGUUGGCAACAGUUGAUACGUCGAAAAGUAUCGACGACUUCGAAGAACAUAUUAAAGAACUCGAAGAAAAUCUCAGUUCAUACGAACAGAGCGAAAAUAACGAAACGAAACUAAAGUCAAUUCUUCAACAAAUAGAGGAGCGACCCAAUUUAACACAUGAUAACCGACAACGUAUUGAAAAUCUUCAUCAACGCUUUCGACGUGCACAAAAAUAUUUCGAAGAAAAUCGUUUAAAAACUUUCUCGCCAACAAAUACUAAUCAAGUCUUCGAUAAUGUCGAUGUUCUGAUAAAACAUCUACGAGAAAUUGAAGAGCAAAUACGAGCGAACGCUAUUCAACCUCUCAAUGAUUAUGAAAGACUUAUUCCUGAUUGUCAGCGUAUUGUCGCCGAACUCGACCAGAAUCUUCGUCCGCAUGUGGAACAAGUCAUUUCGACUGGCAAACGUUUGUAUUCAACCGAUAGUAGCAGAGAUAGCAGCGGUGUCGAAAGUGCUGACGAAAAUGGAGGAUUCUUCGAUCCAUCCUCGUCGCCAUCGCCUCCAUUGAAGAAAUAUUCCGAUUUAACAUUACGCAAGGUUCGUCGACAUGUUCUUCAAUUAAGUCAACGUUGGAAAAGCGCAAAUACGAAUGUUCGACAUCGUUUAAAAAUUUUGCAACGUGCUCAAACGGCAGUAGACGAAUUACGUCAUAAGUGUGAUCAAUUACAUGCACAUUUACUUGAAAUUGAACUCGCUCAUGCUCAUCAACCACAUAUACGAGCGGUAAACGUUGAUCACGUUCCAACUGAAAUCGAACAAGCAAAACGUCUUCUCUCAACUCUCAUGUCAUGUAAAACAUCGAUCGAUGAUGUUCAACAACUGGCACAUACUAUUGAAACUGAAUACGACGUUCACGCUGUCAAUCAAGCACAAGAACUCAAUCGCAGAUGGGAAAAUUUACUUCAAUCAACAUCACAACGCAUGCAAACUUUACAGGAUACAGUAAAACAUACGGAAAGUGAUAUCUACUCAACUUCAGUCGAAUAUCCAUGGCAACGAUCUGUAGCUUUUAAUAAAGUUCCUUAUUUUAUCAAUCAUUCCGAUCAGAAUACAUCUUGGGAUCAUCCGAAAAUGUUGGAGUUAAUGCGUUCAUUUUCAAAUUUGAAUGAUAUUCGCUUUUCCGCGUAUCGUACAGCGAUGAAACUUCGAACAUUACAAAAACGUCUUUGCCUCGAUUUAACAUCCUUGAGCGAUAUUAUAAGUGUUUUCGAAGAACAUCAAACAAUAGAUUCACCGACGAAAAAUCUCGAGAAAUAUGUUGAUGUAACAGAGAUUCUUUAUUAUCUUCAAACAAUAUUCGAAAAAACAGCUCAUGAAUAUCCUCAAUUGAUCAAUGUUAUUCUAACAGUCGACUUAACACUUAAUUGGUUAUUAAAUAUUUAUGAUACAAAUCGAACUGGAACUAUUCGUUUAUUAGCAAUGAAAAUGGCAUUAGCUUUAUUAUGUCGAGGAAAUAUCGAAGAAAAAUAUCGAUAUAUAUUUUCUCUAGUGGCUUAUCGUUCGACUGGUAAUGAUUCGCGAGAUGUUGUUGAUCGACAACGUUUAUCAGUCUUAUUUCAACAAGCGAUUGUUAUUCCCAAACAACUUGGUGAAGUCGCUGCUUUCGGUGGAUCAAGUGUUGAACCAAGUGUGAAAAGUUGUUUUGAUUAUGCACAUAAUCCCGAAGUUAUCACCGCUAAUGAUUUUCUUGAAUGGGUCAAAUUGGAACCACAGUCACUUGUUUGGUUGCCUGUGAUGCACCGGUUAGCAGCAAGUGAAGCAGCGAAACAUGAAGCACGUUGUAAUAUAUGUAAAAUAUAUCCUAUUCUUGGCUUUCGUUAUCGUUCAUUGAAAUACUUCAAUUGUGACAUAUGUCAGAAUUGUUUCUUUUCGGGCAAACAAACGAAAUUUUUCAAAAUGGACGAUCCAUUACAAGAAUAUUACACUGAAACAACGUCAUCGGAAGAUAUUCGUGAUUUCUUUCGUAUUUUCAAAAAUAAACUAUGGAAUAAACACCGAAAACAUCCAAAGCUUGGCUACUUACCAUUACCACAUGUUUUUGAUAACAAUAUUCCAUCGACUUCUCCGCCAGCAUCACCUUCAGGAAUGUUACUUCCAGUUUUAACAACAUCAUUCAAAUCGGAUAUGAAUUCCACACAACCAAUUACUGUUCCGAUUGAAUCAACUGAUGAACAUGGAAUCAUUGCACAGCAUUGCCGAAACUUGAAUACGUUUGUACAUUCAUCACCUCGUGUUGCUGCUCAUGAUAUCUUAACUCGUUCUCGUUCGUUGGAUGCUGACCAACGAAAUGAACUCGAAGCGAUCAUUCACGAUCUCGAAGACGAAAAUCAAUUAUUACAAAACGAAUACGAACGUUUGUGUCAACAACAUAUGGAGAAAUCAAUGAUAAUCAACGAUCAACAACAGCAAUUCUAUCAAAGUGAUAGCCAAUUGGGUUCUCUAUCCUAUUUAAAUGAAUACAAUUCGAGUGAUCGAGAAAUGUUGCGUGAAGCCAAGCAACUGCGUCAUCAUAAAACGAAAUUAGAACAACGAAUGAAAAUUCUCGAAGAACACAAUAAACAAUUAGAGAAACAAUUGAGACGAUCAAAGCAAUUGUUAUUCCGAGAAUCUCCAUCUUUACAUCAUCAUACUAGUAGUACUAGUAUAACUGAUUAUCGCACUACUACAGCACCGAGCCCACUACAUAGUUCAACGACGGGCUUACGACGUUCAAUGGAAAGAAAUCUCGAACGGCAACCAAAUUUAAUAACUAUUGAUAAUCUCUUUCAUAUGGCUGAUGACAUCAAUCGUGCUGUUGGUGAUCUCGUCUCUGUCAUAACUGAACCACAAACGAAUGGUUCAUCCUCUUAUUAUCAACCGUUAAAUACAACAAUAGCCACGUGA